AUGAAGGAGGAUUUGCCGUGCGCGAUGGAGGAGGAUUUGCCGUGCGCGAUGGAGGAUUUGCCGGAAGUGAUGGUGGAGGAUGUGCCAGGGGCAAUGGCGGAGGAUUUGCUGGCAGGUUUGGAGGCGAAGUUGGAGGGUGUCAAGAUCACAGAGGACAAAGAGGAGGCGAUGAAUGCACAGAUCGUGAAAGAUUAUAAUAUGUGGAUAGAAAAUAAGCCAUGCCUGGAUGAUCUUGUCAUUACCCAUACUUUGGAGUGGCCCUCUCUGACUGUGGAGUGGUUCCCUGAUCGAGCAGAGCACCCUGGACAAGGUCAAUCUGUCCCAAAGAUUGUCCUUGGUACACAUGCACGUGGUGACUUCCCUAACUAUCUGGUGAUUGCAGAAGUACAUAUGCCCUGGAAAGAUUCCUUUUCUGAGCAUUGUGCCAAAUCGAAGAAGGUGCAAAUUGUUCAGCAGAUAAAUCAUGAUGGAGAGGUCAAUCGAGCUCGCUAUAUGCCCCAAAAUUCAUUUAUAAUUGCUACCAAGACAGUUAGUGCAGAAGUAUAUGUCUUCGACUAUAGCAAGCACCCAUCUAAGCCUCCACUAGAUGGUGCAUGCAACCCUGAUUUACGGCUGAAGGGACAUAAUUCUGAAGGAUAUGGCUUAUCAUGGAGUAUUUUUAAAGAGGGUCAUUUGUUAAGUGGGUCUGAUGAUGCUCAAAUUUGCUUGUGGGACAUUAAAGCAAAUAGUAAAAACAAAAGUCUUGAUGCCCUGCAUAUUUUUAAGGUGAACUGCCUGGCUUUCAACCCGUUCAACGAAUGGGUUGUUGCAACUGGUUCUACUGACAAGACUGUCAAAUUAUUUGAUCUUAGGAAGAUUGAUACUUCUCUGCACACCUUUGACUGUCACAAAGAGGAAGUUUUUCAAGUUGGAUGGAGUCCAAAGAAUGAAACUAUACUUGCAUCCUGUUGUCUGGGCAGAAGACUCAUGAUCUGGGACCUAAGCAGGAUCGACCAAGAACAAACGCCAGAGGAUGCAGAAGAUGGUCCUCCAGAGCUCAUGUUCAUCCACGGAGGCCAUACCAGCAAGAUCUCUGAUUUCUCCUGGAACCCCUGCGAGGACUGGGUGAUUGCUAGUGUCGCUGAAGACAACAUCCUCCAGAUAUGGCAGAUGGCUGAGAACAUCUACCAUGACGAAGAUGAUCUGCCAAUAAGCGAUGAGCCGGCAAAGACAUCUUGA